AUGGGCACGUCACGAGAGACGGUGAAACCAUCGAAAGGAGCUGUGAAACCGACGAAGACUCCCGGAGGGCUCAGCUUCAGAAACAAGAUGAAGAAGAAUGAGGUGAGGAGAAACAGUGGGAGCAAAAGUGAAAAUAAGUUUUGCAGGGUGUUGGAGCAACUCUGAAUGAGGCCAACUCAAAAACGAAAAAGGAAAUGUCGACGGACAAACCGACAACUGGGACCACGGGCCGAACGGCCGGGAAGAGCAUGAGACGGAAGAUGCCGGAGAAGUCGGUGAAGAAGAAGAAUGUGCCAAAAGAGAUACAGAAGUACGCGUUCGCGAACGGCGAGAUUGUGGAGGGAGUGAACCAGUACAAGGUGGCCAGUCAGAUCCGGAAGAGCCUCAAACCUCUGGAGCUCGACGUCUACAUUGUGAAGGAUGUGGAGCAGGACGACGAGUUGCGCAUGAAAGUGGGUAAUCAGGACUUGCGUGUGCUCAAGACGGAAGCCGCGUUGCUCCGGAGACUGGAGAAGAAGCCGGGGGACCGGUGCUUCUUGUCCAUGUCAGAGUACGGAAGUGUUGCGAAGAAUAAGGUCGAGUUUCUGAUCGUGUCACCUUACGGAAUGACGUUGUACGACAUUAUGAAGAAAUCGACAUACGGGCCGUUCUCUGUCGACUGUGCAUUCGCCGUCGGAAUUCAAAUGCUCAAGGCGAUCAAAGACCUCCAUUCGAUCGGCUACCUCCACCGGAACAUCCGUCCGUCGGCCUUCACUUGCGGACUCGGAGAGGAGGAAGCUUCCGUCUACCUCCAGGAUUUCCGAGCCGUUCGAAAGUACGAAGAGCAGAAGAAGCACGUGAAUCCAAGAACGACGGUCAAAAAGUACGGGGCACUCAGAUUCUGCUCCCGUUCUUGUCAGAAAGAAAAGGAUCAGGGAAGGAAGGACGACCUGGAGAGCUGGCUGUACACGCUGUUCUACCUGAUGGACAACAACUCGUUGAGCUGGAAGAAGGAGACCAAUCCGGAGAGUGUGUUUACUGGAAAAGAGGCUUUUAUGCACGCAGGUGGGGAAUCUCGAUGUUUUUAUUGUGAAUGAGCUUCUUUCAGAAGGCCAAGAGCAGUUCGCAAAGGCUCCGAGAGCCCUCGCUCCUGCCAUCGCCGUCAUUUUUGCCUACGAAUUCGCUAGUGAACCCGAUUACGACACAAUCAAAAAAGUGUUAGUGGACAUUCAGACUGAGCAGAAAAUGAAUGAGAAGGCGUGCGAUUGGAGAGGGAAGACUGGGUUGAAUGAGAUUGAAGGGGAUACGGUAGGAGGUACUUUUAGAAUGAAUGCGAUUGGAGUGAUUCAGAAUCGGAGUCCGGAUUGCAAGGUGACGGGCGAACGGGACGUGGCUUUGAAGGCAAAAGCCUCGAAAAAGAAGACGUCGCGGAAGAAGCUCUCAAGCGGAGAUAUCAUUCAGUGCCAGGGAGCGACGAAUGGGUGAGCCACUUUUUGGAAGUCAUGUACAGUAAGCGUUCAGCUGGAAAGUGAUCAACCUUCUUGGUUCGGGAGGUUUCGGUGACGUGUACAAAGUGCACAAAGAGAACCAACCGCCGACGAAGGCGUACGCAUUGAAGACGGAGAGUGAGGAUGGCGAGAAGAGGUACUUGCGUCUGAAAGUGGAAGUGAUGGUUAUGAUGAAGACGGCGGAGAAGAAGAAGGAGUCCAAGUUCGAGCACUUUAUCGAGUUUGUCGAUAGAGGAAAGUGCGAGGAGCUCAAGUGCAAGGUGGGAUGGCUUAACUUCCCUAAUAUUGGCCAUAUUUAAGUUUGUUGUGAUGGGUCUUGUGGGACCGUCUCUGGAAGACAUCCGCCGCAAGUACCUGCUCGCUUCGUUCUCCAAACACACCGCCUUCAACGUGGCCAUCCAGACGGUGCAGGCAGUCAAGGAUCUGCACUCGAUCGGAUACCUUCACAGGGACAUUAAGCCAGCCAACUACGCUGUAGGUUUGGCCGAAUCCGAGGGCACCGUCUACAUGCUUGACUUUGGAAUCGCCAAACUUUUUCUGGACGAGAGUGGCAAUCACAAAAUCAAACGGAAAAAAGUGAAGUUCCUGGGUACGCUGAGAUAUGCGUGCCGGGCGUGCAUGCUUCAGCAGGAGCAGGGAAGACGUGACGACCUGGAGACGUGGCUCUAUCUCGUGUUUGACAUAAUGGACGAGUCGAACGGGAUGCCGUGGCGGAAGCUGACGGACCCGAAGGAAAUUCUCAAGUCGAAGGAGAAGUUCUUCACUGCCUGUCAGCCUUCUUUCACUUCCCCUGUAACUUCUCCGUUUUCAGUCCAAUCACUUCCGUUCAACUCGAAUCUGAAAAAGCUGAAAGAUGUGGUGCAGUACGUGGACACGCUGAAGUACGAAGCGUGUCCCGACUACGACUACAUCAUCACUUUCCUCGCCAAAACUGCGGCGGAUGUGAAUGCGAAGGUGACGAAGAAAUUGGAUUGGAUUGGCAAACUGAGCAAGAAGGAAUUUGACAGCGAUUCGGACAAGUCGGACAAGAAACAGAGCGGCGACGAGGAAGAGGGCGGACAGUGA